UGUUAAUGUUGAUGCCGGGGCGCGUGGGGCACGGAUCCGGGGAAUGGGAAUUGUUCAAGACAUGUUAAAUUCGUGCGUGGUAUAAAGUCACACCUUGAGCCACCUCCAACUGAGCUUUCGCAAGCUGCGAACAACAGUGUCCAAUACCGACAAAAUGGCAGUCACUGAUGGAACUUCCGACCCUAUCCUUACUCGUAUGGUCGAGGAGGAUAAGACUCCUUGGUACAAGAAGCCUAAUCUGAGGCUCAUGUACCUUUGGCUCUUCUUGUGCUGCAUGGGCGUUGAGAUGACUUCCGGAUUUGAUUCCCAGCUCAUCAACACACUUCAAUUCUCUCAGCCCUUUAAUAAAUACUUUGGAGACGGCGUCAAGAACAAGAGUGGCGACUGGGCUAUCGAGGCCGGUCUCCUUGGAUUCAUCUCCUCUUGCUACCAACUCGGAUCUAUUCUCGCUGUACCAAUCACUCCCUGGUACAACCAGAAGUUCGGUAGGCGAUGGUCCGUCAUGACGGGCUCUCUGAUCAUGAUCGUCGGUGCCCUUCUGCAGGGAUUCGCGCAGCAUGUCGCCAUGUAUAUCAUCGCCCGUAUGCUUCUCGGUGUUGGAAUCCUUUUCGCCAUUAUCUCUGGAUCCUCCCUCAUUGGAGAACUUGGCUACCCCAAAGAGCGUGCUGUAUUGACUUCGCUCUUCAACUCAUCCUACUUCAUCGGAGCUAUCGUCGCCGCCGGUAUCUCCAUCAAGACCUCUGACAUCAAGGGUAACUGGGGAUGGCGCAUUCCUUCUUUGCUUCAAAUUUGCCCUUCGUUGCUUCAGGUCUGCACGGUCUUCCUUCUUCCCGAAAGCCCUCGUUGGUUGGUCAGCCAGGACCGUGACGAUGAGGCUUUCGCCGUGUUGACCAAGUACCAUGCCGAGGGUGAUGCUUCGUCCGCCAUUGUUCAAGCUGAGAUGGCCCAGAUUCGAGCCACCAUUAAGCUUGAAAUGGAGCACUCUAAGCAGUCUUGGAUGGAUAUGGUCCGCACCGCCGGUAUGCGUCGCCGUGUGAUCAUCUCUGCCUUCCUUGGUCUCUUCACUCAAAUGAGUGGAAACACACUGCUUUCUUACUAUUCCAACCUUCUCUUUGAGAUGAUGGGAUACAAGAGUAACUAUGCAAAGACCAGAAUCAAUAUUGCCAAUCAAUGCUGGGGUUUCAUCAACGGCACCAUCAUUGCUCUCCUCGUUACCCGCUUCCGCCGUCGUUGGAUGUUCAUGCUUUCUUCUACUAGCAUGCUUCUCGCCUUCAUUGGAAUGACGGUCUCAUUCGAGCGCCUUCGAUUCGCCAAGGACCACGAUAUGAUCAACAAGCCAGCUGGCAUUGCCGCUCUGUUUUUCUUCUUUGCCUACAGCCCUUGCUACAACAUUGGUAACAACUCUCUGACCUACACCUACCUGGUCGAAAUCUUCCCCUACGCCCAGCGAACUAUGGGUAUCGGUAUCGAGCAGAUUUUCGGCAAGCUCGGUGGUUUCUUCUCGGUCAACGUCAACCCUAAGGCAUUGACUGCGAUUGACUGGAAAUUCUUCGCCAUCUACUGCGGAUGGAUCUGCUUCGAGUUCUCCUUCCAGUUCUUCAUGUACCCCGAGACCUACAACCGUACGCUCGAGGAGCUUACCUUCUUGUUCGAGGACAAGGAACUUGCCGACCAGGCCGUUGCUGCCGUCGAGAAGCAGAUGGCGGACAAAGACGGACAGCUCACCGAGAAGGACAACACUGUUACAAAUGUGGAGAGGGCUAUCUAAAACAACACUGGCACUAUAGGAUUCAACCGAACACAAUGUAUCUAUAAG